CGCCAUCUUGGCUGAGGGCGGAAGGGGCCGGGGCAGGGACGUGGCCGGGGCGCGGCUAUGGCGGCGGCGAAGCCCGGGGGAGGCACCGGCACCAACCUGCUCUUCUCGUCCUCCGCCACCGAGUUCAGCUUCAACGUGCCCUUCAUCCCCGUCAGCCAAGCGCCGGCCGCGCCGCCCGGGCCCGCGCUGCUGCCCGCCGAUGAUUCUGCAGAUGUUGGGGAAGAGGACAGCUUCUUGGGUCAGACAUCAGCCAGCCCCAACCCACCACAGACUUUCAGCUACUUCUCCCAAGUUCCCAGCACCAGCGAUCCCUUUGGAAGUAUUGGGCAGCCACCUUUAACAACUGUUUCAACACCUGUCGGAGCACCAGCCUUCUCCAGACCUCCCACUUCACUCCCACUCGUGUCUGGGUCACAGGAUGGGCAAAAUGCCUUUCCACCACACAUUCCCCAGUCCCAGUCCUACAGUGCACCUCCCACUUCCCAGGUGGGAGUGGCGCCUUACCCGCCCCCUCAGCAGAGCUGUCCCCCGCCUGCCAGCGCCGCCGGGCCCGCGGGCACCCCGCAGCAGCAGGGCUACAACCCCUACAGGCACACCACGCUGAGCAGCAGGGCCAACCCCUACCUCACCCCGCCGCAGCUGCAGCACAGCCACCCCCCUGCCACCUGUGCCACCCCUGUGCCACCCCUGCAGAUGUACCAGACACCCCCGGGGCCGCUCACACAGUUUCCACAGUCCCAGUCCCAGCUCCAGCCUGCCAGGCCUGCAGGGCCCCUGGUGCCAGCCCCUCCUGUGCUGCUGCAGAACCAGUACGAGCCAGUGCAGCCCCACUGGUUCUACUGUAAGGAGGUGGAGGACAAGCAAAUAUGGAUGCCAUUCAGCAUUCUGGAUUCUGCAAAGCUGGAGGAGAUCUAUAAUUCUGUCCAGCCCGACCCCGAGAGCGUGGUGCUGAGCACGGACGGCGGCCGCUACGACGUGUUCCUGUACGAGCGCGUGCGCAGAGCCGUGUACUGGGACGAGGAGCCCUCGGAGGUGAGGCGCUGCCUCUGGUUCUACAAGGGAGACAAGGACAGCCGCUUCGUGCCCUACUCUGAGGACUUCAGUGACAAGCUGGAGGCAGAAUAUAAGAGAGCUGUAACUACAAAUCAAUGGCAUCGGCGACUUGAAUUUCCAAACGGGGAGACAAUUGUUAUGCAUAAUCCCAAGGUCAUAGUGCAGUUCCAGCCCUCUGCCACACCAGAUGAAUGGGGCACCACUCAGGAUGGGCAGGCGAGGCCAAGGGUAGUGAAACGUGGAAUUGAUGAUGACCAUGAUGAGAUUCCUGAUGGAGAAAUGUCCCAAAUUGACCAUCUGGUAUUUAUGGUUCAUGGCAUAGGUCCUGUAUGUGACUUGAGGUUUAGAAGCAUUGUUGAAUGUGUUGAUGAUUUUAGGACUGUUUCUCUGAAGUUGUUGCAGACUCACUUUAGGAAAUGUUUGGAGGAGCGCAAAGUGAGCAGGGUGGAAUUCCUUCCAGUUCAUUGGCACAGCUCUCUGCAUGGAGAUGCAACAGGUGUAGACAGGAACAUAAAGAAAAUCACUUUGCCGAGCAUCGGUCGCCUGAGGCACUUCACCAACGAAACGCUGCUGGACAUCCUGUUCUACAACAGCCCCACCUACUGCCAGACCAUCGUGGAUAAAGUGGGCAUGGAGAUGAACCGCCUCUACGCGCUCUUCAUGAGCCGUAACCCCGACUUCAGAGGGGGCGUCUCUGUGGCUGGCCACAGCUUGGGUUCCUUAAUUUUAUUUGACAUACUGUCUAACCAGAAGGACUUGGCUUCAUCAGUAAAUUCUGGACCAUUCUCUGGUGUUAAUGGGAGUGUGAAGGAUGUGGCUGUUCAUGACAAACAGAUGACUGAAGAUACCAGCUCCCUGGGCUCCUCCAUUGCAACCUCUGCUGAUGACCUGUGUGAGCCUGAGGCAGAGGAGGACGUUCCCACUCUGCAGAAGACUCUGGAAAUGCUCAGCUUGGCAGAGUACGCCAGCACCUUCGAGAAGGAGCGGAUCGACAUGGAGUCUCUGCUCAUGUGUACAGUUGAUGACCUGAAGGAGAUGGGGAUACCUCUUGGACCAAGAAAGAAAAUAGCUAAUUUUGUAAAAGACAGAGCAGCCAAGCAGGAACAGAAGAAAGCAGUAGCAGAAAAGAAAGCAGUGCUGGCUGCCACACUCCAGACUCAGGAAGACACCCAGAAACCAAAAGAGGCAGUUUCUUCUGUCUCACCCUCGGAGUCUGGUCAGAUGCACUCAAAGAGGAAGCUCCCAGUUGGUGCAUCCGUGUCUUCUGUGAACAUUGACUAUGAGUAUUUUGAAGUUGGAACUGGCCAGGUUUCUGUGGUUUACAGUGCACUGGACUUUGAACCAGAUAUUUUCUUUGCGCUUGGUUCCCCUAUUGGUGUGUUCCUGACUGUGAGGGGUGUGGAGAAGAUUGAUGAAAACUACAGGCUCCCUACCUGCAAGGGCUUCUUCAAUAUCUAUCACCCACUGGAUCCAGUAGCUUACAGGUUAGAACCAAUGAUCAUCGAAGAUACGGAUUUAAAACCAGUUCUCAUUCCACAUCAUAAAGGCAGAAAAAGACUUCAUCUGGAGCUGAAGGACUCUCUGUCUCGCAUGGGAUCUGAUCUGAAGCAGGGCUUUAUCAGCUCUUUGAAGAGUGCAUGGCAGACCCUCAAUGAAUUUGCACGUGCUCAUACAUCUUCAACCCAGCUGCAGGCAGAACUGGAGAAAGUAGCUAACCAGAUUAAAGAGGAGGAAGAAAAGCAGGUGGUGGAAGCUGAGAAGAUCACUGAAAGCCCAGACCCUCCAAAAGAUGAAGAUGUGUCAGUGAAGGUUGGGAUGCUGAACGGAGGGCGUCGCAUUGAUUAUGUUCUACAGGAGAAACCAAUAGAAAGCUUCAAUGAGUACCUGUUUGCUCUGCAGAGCCACCUGUGCUACUGGGGAUCUGAAGACACUGCCUUGCUGUUUCUCAAAGAGAUAUACAGGACCAUGAAUAUCCAUCCUGAGCAGCCACAACAUUGAUGUAUAAAAACAUGAAUUUCCAUACCCAUUGCUCCAGCAGACCUGGUGAAAAACCCUCUGAGGAACAUCUUGGAUUUUCAUAGUUACAUAUGACAGGAUAAGCAUCAGAGGUUUUUUUCCCUGCCAAUCCAGAACUUGCUUGGAUUCUACCUUCUUGUGUCACUUCAAGCAAACUUGAGUUAUGACAUGAUCAGCACUGUCAUUCAGGAGAUGGAUGGAAUGUCACAGUUUUGAUCUUAAAUCAGUUCAGUUGUACCUUUGCCAAAUCUAAGGUGAUGGAAGAAGGUUUGUUUGGCAUGCAAAUCAUAACUUCUCUCCUUCAGCUCUCCUCUCCCAGCUGGCUGCCAGACAUGCUUUGCCUGCCAAGGCAGCAUGUCCUUAGUAAAAAGGACUUGAUGAGAAACAGCAAUAAUCUACUUUUCUUGACACAUUUGUUCAUCCACCUUUAAGAAAUGAAAUGUGAACUGUAGUUAUAACCAUCUUUAAUACGGAUUACACAAACCAGUUCAUAUUUACUAAAAACUAGCAACCAGAAUAAUUUUCUUACUAUUGUAAGUGUGAUGGAGAUUAUUUUAUAAAGACCUUUUUAAGCCUCUGUUAAGAGUUUUAUUGUGGCUUUUUUUUUAAGUGAAAAUGAACAUUUGAAUUUGAAAAUAUUAGAAGUUUGUUACAGCUAGUUCCGUGUUCACGUAUCCUGAAAUGAGGAGUGAUUUAAAAUGACAUUUUGAUCUGGUAAUUAUAGAAUCACAGACUAUUCUAAGUUAAUUAAGGCAAUUUUAGUGAAAUUAGGCUGCAGUUGCGAGAACUAAAACACUUACCUUGACCUUGCAGUUUAACAUCUCAGAACAGUUACUGUAAAUAGGAACCUGAAGCUUAUGGGUGUUGGAUAAUAAUCUAGAUCCAGCCCUGCAAUCCAGACUCCGUUGUCAUGUGAUGAGGUUGAGGUGAGUUAGGUAUUGUGAAACCCUUGGAAUUCAUGUCUGAAUACUGAGCUUCUGUAGCUUUCCUCUGGCUUCAAUUUACACACACAUUGUGGCUUUCCUUGAUAUUAGUGGCUUAACCUUAUUCCUGAUUAUUUGCCUCUGUUACUACAGUAAACAAAUUUUGAAAUGCAGUUUGGUUUUUUUUAUUCCUUGAUACAUGUAAAAUACACAUUAUUGUGUAUAUAAACUGAUUGCUGUAAUUAAAAUUACCUUACUUCCA